AUGCGCGGAAGUCCUGCAGGUACUCCAGGUCCGUGCGGGACAGGCGCGGGGACGUUUUCAGCAGUUCCUGCAGCGUCGGAGCCAUUUCGGCUCGUCCCCUGUCGGCAGCUGACUGAUCGCCCUGACGCUUUCCCCGGACGCAAGUGGCACUUUUCACUCCAAGGUGAAACACGAGCGCGCAGGCACGUCAAACCUCGCCCGCAGGAGCUACAUGCCCGCCUGGGAAGGGAACUCCCCCUGACUCAGUUCAAGUUUCCCCUCCAAAUCCAGAGAGUGGUGUACACGCGCUAG